AUGGUGAAACUUGUGCCUCGUGUGUCUUCCCCGCUGGUUGUGAUCUGUGAAAACAAUCCUAACAGAAAAAGUACUUUUGGGUCUUUUGUAGGUAAAGAAGAAAGUGUGAAAUGGAGAGCACUUACAGAGGAGCAUGCUCGUGACAGCUUUGAAAAUCUUCUAUUUAGUGUCUGUCGAUUCCGGGAGCUUACUGCUAUCCCCAACAAUAUAACUGUUGUAAGUUAUGAUUUCAAGGAAAAAAGAUUUGCACAUCUACAUCGAUCUGCUAUUGGGUUUCCAGAGUCAAGGUUCUUCUAUGCUGGUACUCCUGCUACAUCAAAUUCAAAAACAGCUGCUCUAAGAGGUGAGGAAUUGGUUAGAACUCAGUUCCAGAAAGACCCAUAUGGCUGUCGAGGUUCACUUUAUCACAAACUAAAGCGUGACCCUUUUCAUCGUUCAAUUCCUUAUCCCCAUGGGUGCCCUGAAAUUGAAGGUUUAUUCAAAUAUUGUGGACCAAAUCCUUAUUCUGAUGCACUUCCAUGGACACAGUAAACAUGACACAGUCAACUUAUACAACUGUAUACUAACAAGUACAGAUACUAGACACAAAUACUUUUGAUUCCAUAUUUGACUAAAUUGUUGAUAGAUAAUGAGAAGAUUAAAUUUUGUUGCUGAGAGAUAAUGACAGAUUGUGUAGAUCAAAGUGUUGCAUGUUUGUGUGAGGAGGUUUGUUGAAGUUAUCAGUUACUCAAGACGGUUCAAAAACAUAUGUCCAGGUUUCAUGUUCUGCAGUUUGAUAUGUUGCAAUGUACAUAUCGAGGGAAAUUUUGCUUAGCUUUUUGUAUUUUAUUACUUAUGAACCCUCUAUAAUUGAAUAUGGUAUAAGUGAACCUUUGUUUGGAUGAGGAUGGGUGGAAAGGGAAGGAAAGGAUGGAAAAAAAGAGUGGAAAGGGAGGUUACUUUUAGGUAAGGAAAGUGGAAUAUAAAUGACUAUAAGUGGGUGGAAAGAUUGUAGAUGUGAUUUAUAUGAGUGAAAAGAAAAAGAAUUAAAUU